UUCCAUGUUUACGUAAUAGGUUGACGAGUAAUCUUACUCAAUAUCGAUUGUACAAUACCCGAUGAAGAUUGUCGCUAUCUUAUCUUUCCUGGCUCUUGGCCUCAUCGGUGCUUCUGCCGCUACUCCCUCUCUGCGAUUCGCAAAGCGCAACUCACCCAACGGUUGUGCGGACGGCGUCCCAAGCCAGGCCGCCAUCGCAGGCGCAAUUAAUCAGUGGAACAGUGAUGUCACCACCGUCAAUGAUUUUCUCGAUGUCGCGACUUCUCUGCAAGGGCUCCAUUUACAAUUACAGCUCGUAGUCGCCCUUAGAGCUGCUAACGACGAGCCCGACCAAUUACAAAUUCUCGCGUGUGCGUCAGAUGUGAGUCCCAGCACGGUUGCGCAGGCCGCCGCAGACGACUUAUUCACGGGGUUCGGGCCCAAUGUACUGGCGCCCUUGAGCAAUAUCCUCAACAAUCCAUCAUCGAUUACGCAGAAUUUGCAGCUAAUCAAUCAAUUUCGCUGCUGCAAUGUUCUACCGGACCUUGACACCUUAUGGAGCUUCACUGCCGAGGACGACGGCGUUGCCAAUCAGGUGCCUUUGUCGGCUCCUAGACCGGCAGCCUGCGCAUCCAUCCAUUGCUGAGCGGACAUGGGAAUACGGCGACAGGGGUGAACGAGAGCUAGUGGCACAAUCGGAGGCAAUUAUUUACUUGGUCAGAAGGCAAGGAGUAAUUCGGAGGCGGGAUUCUUGGGGAGCUUUUGAGAUAGCAAGUGAGCCGUUCUAUAGGAAAGCUUCGCGAUGAGGUUAGAUAUCGCAACUGUGGCUUAGAGUAUGUAACACAAAGCGACAAGCUCCCCUCGCCACGACGGUUAACGACUUCACGAUGGACACUGGUGUUAAACGGUAGAUCCCAUCGCCAUCACAAUUUUCAUCAGCGGCGAGCACCAUCCACAUAGACAAGCUGAGUUUGGCAGGCUUGAAGACCUCCUGGGUCAGCCAGGAUAUUCGG